CUCAUUACCACUUGUAAUGGCGUCUGUGAAAGUGCACGCCCUGGAUUUAGAUGAGAUAUGUUCUUUGAUCGCAAAAUUCAUGACAAAGGUUGAGCUCGCCAACUGCCUGAAAGUCUGUCAAGCGUGGCAUCAUAGCUUCCUUCCACAUUAUUGGCAUACAAUCCUUGUAUCACCACAUAAACUCACUCGCUGUCAUGAAGAGUCUCUACUAAAGUAUGGUUCCCUUGUUCGGUCUUUGUCCGCCGGGCGCAUUGAAGAUACUUCUGUCUUUGAUCAACCAUCUGUUUGCUAUCUGCAAAAUCUCGAGGUUACCACGAUCGGAUCCAGGACACGACAUGAUUGCGGGCGAGGAUGCUUGCCAAACAUUAUAUACAGAAAUAGGGAGACAUUGCAUUUCCUUACAUGGCGUUGCUAUGGACAAAAUACUCUCUCACGACAGCCUUAUCAAAUUCAUGUCGAUUUGUUUGCAGGUUUGAAGAAUCUGGUGACAAUGGAGCUUUGUAACUGGUCGAUCAGCAGUGGCGACUUUGUACAACUGCUAUGUUCAUGCCCAUCCUUAAAGAAGUUGACACUGGAUGCCAUAAAUGGACUUGAGCAGGCUGGCGAUGGAGAGAUGCAUGAGCAAGAUGGAAAUAAUGACCUUAGCAAUUUUCUCCGGAAUAGAAGCUGCAAUACCGCGUCAUCAUUCACGCAUAUUGGAUUAGAUGAAUUAACCUUUAUUGGCAGGGUUGUACCCAGAAUCCUUCCGCUUGUGCCCAAUAUCACGCAUCUCAUCUUCAAAUCACUCCUCAAUGGUGAUUUUCAUGGCCUUCAGCAUCAAAUCAACUUGUCCCAAUGUCUCACGCAUAUCACAAGCCUGUCUAUGCCAACAGAGUGUGUGGACCCAUCAGAGUUUAUGUGCCUAAUUCGCAAAAUACCUCGUGACCAAUUGGCAUGGUUUGAGGGCAAAGUGCCAGUUACUUUAGCCCAAGAGUUUUUAAGGACCAUCAUCCAACGACAAUCGCAAACGAUUGAGACCCUGGUCAUUUUAAACGGCGAGGACGAUAGACUCUAUAUUGGAAGUCGGUCAUCUGAAGAAGGAGAUGAGGAACCAUUUAUUGUUUGGAAGCUUUUCGAAUGCUCUCCACAGUUGAUCACUGUAGUAAUUCCAUAUAAUCUUCAGCCAGUUUUCUCUACAUUUAAUACUAACGAUGGAGAACAACCGACGUUGAACGUGCUGCAGCAACAGAUCUAUUAUCUGCCAGCGAGGGAAUGGGUUUGUUCGGAGCUGAAGCGACUUUAUUUGCGACUGAAGGAUAUGGACCGUAGACAUCCUAUGGAUCAGAUAACAUUUAAUCUGUGCGUAGAACGGCUUUUGCCACCAGACGAAAGACGUGUCGAUGACAAUACCAAAAGAUCAAAGACGAAAACACCUUUGGAGAACAUGAUAAUGGAGAGGCUGUCUAGCUUACAUAAACUGCAGAGCCUGAAUAUUGGAAACGGUUGGUUUCCAUUACCCAAAGCAUACAAGUAGAGUGUAGAGAGUAAAGCAUCGUUUAGGC